AGAUGGAGAUAAACAGUGACUCGGUUGCAAUGGCAACGACGGCACCACUAGCUCCCGUGACGGCCCAACGACCUGUUCGGACUGACCUCGAGUUAUCCAUUCCUAAGCCCUACUUGGCUAGAGCAAUGGCUGCAGUAGAUAUGGAACACCCUGAUGGUACACCCGAACAUGAUCCUCGAGGCAUGAGCGUGCUUCAACAACACGUCGCCUUCUUCGAUCAAGACAACAACGACAUCGUUUAUCCUUGGGAGACUUAUAUAGGGUUUCGAGCAAUCGGGUUCAACGUAUUCACCUCUUUGACUGCAGCAUUCGUGAUUAAUAUAGCAUUGAGUUACAGCUCCCUCCCGGGUUACAUACCUUCCCUAUUAUUUCCAAUUUAUAUAGCCAACAUACAUAAAUGCAAGCAUGCAAGCGAUUCCGGGACAUAUGAUACCGAAGGAAGGUAUCUCCCGGUUAACUUCGAGAACAUGUUUAGCAAGUACGCCCAAACGACGCCCGAUAAGCUAACCUUGAGAGAGUUAUGGAACAUGACCGAAGGAAACCGCACYGYACUCGAUCUCUUCGGAUGGAUAUUUAGCAAGUUAGAAUGGGGAUUUCUGUACAUGGUUGCUAAAGACGAAGAAGGUUAUCUGUCAAAAGAAGCCAUGAGAGGUGUCUAUGAUGGCAGCCUCUUCGACAGUCUUGCUAGAAAGAAUUCAGCCAAGGGAAAAAGGAUGGAUUAAAACCACUGAUUGAUUAUGCAUACAUACAUACAUACAUACAUACAUACAUAUAUGUAUAUAUAUAUAUAGAGAGAGUCGGUUUCGAGAACAAUAACCAAAUAAGAUAAUAGAAAACGGUCGAAUCAUAAUUGAUUUUACACUAAAACCACGUGUACAAUCGAUUGCCGCACCCGUGAGGUUAUGGGCCAUGUUGCCCGCACACUUUUGUGUUAAGCGGUGGUGUAAAAUCAYRUAAUUUGAUCCUUUUUGUUUUUAUUUUUAUUUGGUU